GUCACGCCCUUUAGCAGAAUAAUCCGUUUAUAUGUAGCUGAGGCGAUUAUUUUGAACAGACUUUAAACAACUAACAUGUUUGAUAUUUCCGUAGUAAGAUAACAAAUUUAAAUGAAGUAAAUGGCCGUAUACUACAAAGAUAUUUUCAUGGACAAGGGCUAAAGGAUUUUACUUCUUUUCCAAGAAUCACCGUUCAUAAAAUAUAGCUAACCUGUCGCAGUGUCGCGUCUUGCCAUUACAUGUUUUUGCUGUAUGCAAGAGUUUCCAGGCUAUAUGUUAUCGUUCUAGAAUUAUAUUUUUGAGCAAAUUAGUGUCAAGAUUGAAGCGUUCAACCAGCAAACCCGAAAAAAUAAUCACAAGAUGGAAUGCAUCCUUUUUAGCUUGGUCUGUGCUUUUGUUUUCAUACUUAUGCCACUCAAGUAUCUACUUAGAGAUUACCAAACAAGAAAAAAAUUCAAUCUCCCACCAUGUCCUAGAAAACUGCCUAUAAUUGGGAACCUUCAUCAGUUAGGCAAAAUGCCCCCUCUCACACUCAGGAAACUAGCACAGGAAUUAGGACCUAUAUUCUUCCUACAGCUUGGCGAGGUUCCAACAGUCGUAGUUUCAUCUGCUGCUAUGGCCAAGGAAGUGAUGAAGACGCAUGAUUUAGAAUUUUGCAGCCGGCCUCAGCUGUAUUCUGCCAAAUGGCUCUUUUAUAACUGCACUAACAUUGUUUUCUCUCCUUAUGGCGCUUACUGGAGGCAUGUUAGAAAGAUCUGCAUACUAGAGCUUUUAAGCACUAAAAGGGUUCAGUCUUAUGACUUUGUAAGAAAGGAAGAAGUGUCUCGCUUAGUUCAUAGAAUUGCAGAUUCUUGUCAUCAGGAAAUCAGUCUGACAAAGGUACUUGGCUUGUACGCGAAUGAUGUCCUGUGUAGAGUUGUUCUUGGGCGGAAUUUCUCUGAGGGAGGCGAGUAUGAUUUACAUGGUUUCCAAAGUAUGCUUGAUGAGUACCAAGAGUUGCUUGGGGGUUUUAGCAUAGGAGAUUUUUUCCCGUCUAAAGAAUUUGUGCACACACUAACAGGCCAUAAAUCAAGGCUAAAGAAGACGUUCAAACGAUUUGAUAGCUUUUUCAACAAGGUGAUUCAAGAACAUCUGAGUCCACAGAGGAAAACUGAGGGAGCGAAGGACCUUCUAGAUGUUUUACUCGACAUACAAAAAGAUUAUUCAAGUGAAAUGCCUUUAACUAUGGACAACAUCAAGGCUAUUCUACUGGACAUGUUUGCAGCAGGUACUGAUACAAGCUUCAUAACACUAGAUUGGGGAAUGACAGAAAUGAUUUUGAACCCGGAAGUGAUGAAGAAAGCACAAGCAGAAGUACGAAGCGUUUUAAGAGAAAGAAAAACUGUCUUAGAAAGUGAUUUACCUCAGCUGCACUACCUUAAAGCUGUUAUAAAAGAGGUCUUCCGCCUGCAUCCCCCUGUACCUGUACUUGUACCAAGAGAGUCCAUCAAAGAUGUUACUAUUGAAGGGUACGAUAUCCCUGCAAAAACACGGGUUUUCAUCAAUGUCUGGGCUAUAGGGAGGGACCCUGAAUCCUGGAAAGAUCCAGACACAUUCAAUCCUGACAGAUUCCUAAACAGUGCAAUUGAUUUCAAGGGGCAGGAUUUUGAGCUGUUACCAUUUGGUGCAGGAAGAAGAGGAUGUCCAGGCAUCGUGUUCGGAACUGUGACUAUAGAGCUCGCUCUUGCUCAACUUCUCCACAGCUUUGACUGGGACCUUCCUCCAGGAGUAGAAGCCAAAGAUUUGGAUCUUUCAGAAGCUUUUGGUAUAUCCAUGCAUAAGACAUCUGAUCUUAUUGUAGUUGCUAAACCACAAGUAUCCUGAAGACUGAAGACACUACUUGUAUAAGUUCAGGGAAAAAAAAAGGUGGAAGUAAGCCUGUGCUCUAUGUUAUGUAUUGUAAUUUUAUGUACACAAAGUCGAGUUUUGAAUCAUCACUACAAAUCCAAACUAGAGAGCAAAAUUCAUCAUAUUUAUGAGUAAAUGCUCUGUUCAUCGAUUGCAUGAAAACUAACUAAGAAAACAUGACUAUUGCAACUAGGCAAAUAGUUUGAUUCAGAACGAAACAUUAGUUCAUCAGGGAUUUAAUUAUUCUA